GUGGGGGAGUCAGGCAAUGCGAGAUAAAUAAUUUGACCGCCAUCUGAGUUUUUUUCCUGUCACAAACCGUUUUACCUUUCUGCAAGCUGCAGUCAGACUGAGGCCAACAGAGUUUACCUGUCAGAUCUCUUGGCUUUUUCGCUUACACCACGAUGUCUUCGCCAAAGUCCCCUGCGAAAUCACCAAAGUCUCCUCAGUCUCCUCCUGGGGCAGUGGAGGCAGCUGAAGCCCCCGCGGCGCAGGCACGGGAUGGAUUCAUUCAGCCUGAUACUGAUUCUGACUCUGCGUAUUCUUUGUCAACGGAUGUUACUGAUACUGAGUCCCUGCGCUCUUCCAUUUUGAACUACAAGUGGGUUCAUGGCAGACGCUUCCAUGCAUAUGGCGAUGGAACCUACUGGGGAGCGAAUGACGAUCGCCAACAAGAGGCUGAAGAUUUGAUUCAUGAGUUGUUUCGGGUAGUCCUCGAUGGCAAGCUAUACGAAGCGCCGAUCGGCAAGAAUCCGCAGAAUGUGCUUGAUGUUGGCUGUGGCACCGGUAUUUGGGCCAUUGAUAUGGCAGACCUGCACCCAUCAGCUGAAGUCAUUGGUGUUGAUCUCUCGCCAAUCCAACCAAACUUCAUCCCACCUAACUGCAGAUUUGAAGUUGACGAUAUUAAUAAAGAAUGGACGUUUCCCGAGAAUAAGUUUGACUUUAUUCACAUUCGUUACAUGACUGGAACUGUCCCGGAUUGGACUGAACUUCUCAAGAAGGCUCAAAGACAUCUCAAACCCGGAGGCUGGAUCGAGCAUGUUGAACUCUGGGGAGACGCUCGAGCUGACGACGACACCAUGAGCCCCGAAUCUCCGCUCAAAACUUGGGUCAAGAUCUUUGAGCAAGUAGGAGAAAAGAUCGGCAAUCCCUUCUUCUGGAAUCCCGCCGAUGAAUUCGAGAAGGCCGGACUGAAGAACAUCACCGAGAAGAAGGUCAAAGUUCCUAUCGGCACGUGGGCAAAAGAUAAGGACCUCAAACAGUGGGGUGCAUGGAACCGGCAGUUUCUGCUGCAAGGAUUGGAAGGCUUCUCAAUCCGCAGCUUGACGGAGCUUCUAGGAUGGGAAUACGAAAAAGCGCAGGUCUUCCUGGUGGAGAUGCGUAAAGAGCUGUUGAACCCAAAGCUUCACUCAUACGUCUUGGUAACUACUGUAUACGGUCAAAAGCCUGAGGAAUAAUUGGGGAAUCUCGAGCGUCAGCUAUGGACCUUCAUCAUUUCUUAUCAAGAUUUGGCUAGAUACCCUUUUGGUGUCCUGACACGACUUAUGAAUACAAGAAUAGUUAUCGUUGCGACGAAUUCUAAAUUUCGCCAAUGUUCCCGAUCAAAGGACCCAAGUAUCCCCGUCGUUAACCUAUUCAAAUAAAAGCAGAUGGGGGAUGCACUUGGGGCUAG